AUGCGACUCUUGAUCUCGGUUGCGCAUAAGCAAGUAAUCCUCGAGGAGAACGACACGUUGGUACGAUGGGCCAUAAGACACAAGCACAAUCCCGUCGCCCAGGCCGCCACCGAUGAAAGGAAAUUCACCGAGCCCCUCAUGCAAUCUAUUGUCCAUGGAGACAGCGAUUCUGCGAUGAAACUUGUUGGCGAGAUUCCAUGGCGUUAUGAAGAAUUCAACUAUCAACUUUGGGCGAUUGCUGCAAAACGACCUUUUUUUUGUAGCGGGCAACUCUUGAAUAAUAUGCUCCGUCAAGCAGUUAUUUUGGAAAAGUUCAAGGGUCCCGAAGUUCUUGGUCGACUGCUCAAGACUGGUAUACGGCUAGACAACAUUGCCCUUCUACGCUUGCUUGAAGAACACAAAUAUGACCUUCUCAGUCUCAUUCUUAAAGAGAACAUAGAUGUUGAAUGCCGCAGCGUCGAGGGGGGCCAGACGCUUCUCUAUUUGGCCUCAUGCGGUCUUAGCCAUGGGAUUGUUGAGAUGCUUUUGCAGGCUGGCGCAAAUGUCAGCUCCGUCGAGGCCAUACACGGGGAGACGCCGCUGAUCGGAGCCAUGAGGCGCCAGAGAUUGUCAACUGUCGAACUUCUUGCUACUCACGGAGCCGAGUUAGAUGCAAGGGAUAGACACGGAGAUACGGCUCUGACGAAAGCGCCGCACUAUGGGACAGUGAUAUCGUCGAAGUCCUUUUGA